AUGGCUGCAGACGCCGUUGAUCGAAUUUUUGACAAGUGCUAUUCGCUUUAUUCCCGUGCCGAAAAAGCAGGAACUCGGCUUUUAGAAGGUUUUUACGAUUCCGCUCCAGAAGCAUCUGAAAACAGAGAUAUUCGAGCAAGUGAAAACGCAUUACAAACUCUUUGGAAAGGUAUCAAAGUGCAUAAAAUGGCCAUUGGUGCUGCAUUGGGGCUUGCCACAGGGGCAGUUGCUCUUUACCAUAUUUUGCCACGCUUUUUACCUGGAGUGCCACAACAUCUAGCGCACAACGAUCAGAGGUGCGUUUUGAUUUUGGGGAAUAUGCAGGACCCCAUUACCAGAUCUAUUGCCAUGGACUUGUACAGACGUGGAUUCAUUAUAUUCGUUUGUUCGGAACAAAGUUCCGGUCGUAAUGAUGAUGAGAGUCUUUUCCACAUCAAUCGCAGUGAACUUCCCAAGUUCAUCGAAUUUUUACAAAAUGAAGAUCUGAGUUUCCAAAACAUCGUGGUAGUACCGAAUUCAGCAUACUAUCCGUCAUCUCAGUUUACUACUUUGUCCACCAAAGCGGUUAAAACUGAAAUAGACGACAAUUUCUUGGGCCAUUUGCAAGUUUUAAGCAAAUUAUUCCAGCAUGUCCCUACAGAUAUACAGAUAGUUCUCUUGACACCGUCGUUGUCUCUCAAUUUUGGACUUCCAUGUCAUGCACCUGAGAUUUUUGUAGCAAGCUUCACCAACUCGCUUUACAAAGUUCUACGUGCCGAAUUUCCGCGGGCAAACGUGUUUUUGGGCCAUUUGGGUGUAUUGCAAAUUGCAGGCAGCCCAAGCAAUUACAAAUACCUGUCAUACGCCGGUGCUAACAUAAGUGAUGCACUUUUAACUCCGCUCUACCGUCUGGUCUAUUCCAAAAACACUUUCUGGCUUAGGAUAUGGGAGAAAAUUGUUGGGAGCGUUCGGUUUUUCGGUAAGGGAAGUAGAACGGGGCUUUUUUUCGGUAACUGGUUACCUAUUGGUAUCAUCAGGUAUUUGUUCUGA